AUGAACAGGAAUCGCCGUAUGAGUAUCCUGCCCGCAGGGAUGGAUAGCAGAUCUUACAAUAGUAGCACAAUUGGAAAGGACGGAGCUCUGCAGGACUGGCAACGAAAUGCCACGGAAACACUGGCUAGAAGAUUGGAAAGACCCUACGAGUCGCAUACAAUGCAAAUGCGACGGCCUAGCAUGCCCAAUACAUUACGCACGGUGACCCCUGAUAUGCCAGAGGGUAGUGACGAGUUCCACCACCCGAACAGCCCAGCUUCUCCGCGCUCAAUACCAGGAGGAGAGAAACCUAGAGAGCGCCGUGCAGGGCUGGUAUUCCAAGACUCAUAUAGCACGGACUCACUUGAGUCUGGACGACAUGGACCGCCUUUAAGUUUUCAGUCGAGGUCGAGGACGCGCACGAUGGUGGAUCAUACUAGGACGAGGUCUGCUUCUACAAACGUCUCUAGAAGUAGACAUAGAAUCGGCUCCGUGCAUUCGACAAAUGCACCAUUGUUCCACACGGUGGAACCUCGACCUGCUCUAGAUGGAUCUAAUUCGCUGGGAUAUCCAUCGGUGGCCAAGCGACCUACCCCUCCACCACAACUACAGAAGUCGAAUUCUGUGAAGGGCCGACGUCUUGUCAAACGGUCCUCUCGACCUUCCUCGCCGUUGUCAACGAUGAGUGAUGUUCCAUCCGUCGAUUCACUUCCCUUCCCCGUCGCUACAAGCGACGCUAAUAAAAUCUUAAUGUUAAUGAAGACUUUGUGUGGCCGUAUGAGGGGAGAAGUUGAGUACCAGACUGUGGAAAGGGGACCUUGGUACCCGGGAACUUGUUACAUCGAUGAUGUGAAAGGCUCUUUGAUGUAUGAGGGUGACGAUAGAGGUCCUUUUCAUCUGACCGUCGUUCCUGAUCUCAGGGGAUGUCGAGUGCAACCUAUUAUCUCCAAGGAGAGGCAAUUGCAAUGUCUUGAGAUAUCAAACCGCUCCUUAGGCGUUGAGCUUCACUUGCUACCUAUGGUUAAAGCAGAAUUUGAUCUCUGGCUAGCAGCUCUUUUAUGCUGGCAGCAGAUCCGAACUGGAACGCUGCCCGCUAGUCCUGUGGCCCACGGAGAGCGCAGGUCGCGGCGGAAUUCUCUAAACAGUAAUGUUAAUUCUACUGCAAGCUCUAAAGAUGCGAAUAUCAUCAAGGUUGCCAAAGUCCUUCUCUGGGAUAAAGGGGCACCAUCAUCCCCCAGAGCUAUAAUAAGACGGCCAUCUACCCGGGAUCUAAGAUCUCCGGUACACGCAUGGCGCCGAGUAUCCUGUAUCCUGCAAGAUAACGGAGAAUUCAAGCUUUUUACAGAGAAUGAUGUGACACUCCUGUCUGUCAUACAAUUGUCUCAAUUAUCACGAUGUGCCAUCCAGCGCCUUGACAAAUCUGUUUUAGGGCAGGAACACUGCCUUGCCAUUUUCCCGCAAUAUACAUCAACUUCGACCCAGCUAUCUAUAUUUCGACCCGUGUAUAUUGCACUGGAGUCGCGCCUUUUAUAUGAAGUAUGGUUCUGCCUAUUAAUUGCUUUCUCCAUCCCCGAAAUAUACGGCCCACAGCUUUCGGAUGAGGGCAGCGAUUACGAUGUACCAACGAUGCCACAAGGUCACGCAACCAACGACUUGUUCCGCAUCGAGAAGUCCGUAAAUUUACGCAUUGUGGAAGCUAAGAUGCGAAGAAUGAACAUUGAUACAGACCUGGGACCAACCGUGAGGCACUCUGUGAAGCCCGAGCAGGACUCUUCUAUUGGAGAGUAUUUUGCUGAAGUGUUCCUUGAUGGUGAUGUCCGGGCACGAACCAGGACUAGGACGGAGACUAAGAAUCCAUUCUGGCGUGAAGAUUACGUGUUUCUUGAUCUCCCUUUCCAUACACCCAAGCUGUCUAUUGUCGUCAAACGGCUCGACCAUAUAGUUGCGCACCAUGGAUUUCUCUCUUCGUCAAGCGUUCAUAGCCAAGGUCCCGGUGAAGAGACAAUUGCUGGUACUGUUGAUGUUCCCAUCGACAAGCUUGAGCGGGGCAAGGCCAGCGAACAUUGGUGGCCAAUUCUAGAUGACCAGCAAGAGCAGAUUGGAGAAAUCUUCCUGAAGCUUCGUCAUGAUGAACUUGUCGUGCUUCUUUCCAAGGAUUAUGAACCGAUAUCCUUACUUCUCCAUAGCUUCAGCAGCGGCUUGACCGAACAAAUAGCCCAGGUCAUUUCGACAGAUCUACGUUCGUUGUCUGAAGUAUUGAUGAACAUAUUUCAAGUAUCUGGGCAUGCUGGAGAUUGGCUUAUGGCAUUGGUUGAGGAUGAGAUUGAUGGCGUUGGAAAGGAGACUCCGGUUCGCCGGCUUCGAUGGAGCAGGAGGGUCGGCUCGAAUGAAUCAUUUAACUCUGUGGGUGAUCGAGAACAGACGGUGCGAGACCUAGGAAAGUCGCUACAAGGAGAAGCGAAUCUUCUGUUCCGUGGAAAUUCUCUCUUUACACAGGCGAUGGACUUUCACAUGCGACGACUUGGCAAGGAGUAUUUGGAAGACGUCUUGUCCGAAAAGAUUAUGCAGAUCAACGUCCUCAAUCCUGAUUGCGAAGUCGACCCAUCCCGAUUAACCCACGGCGAUGAUGCUAGCAAGAACUGGACACUCUUGAUCUCCUUGACCACCGAAGUCUGGGAUGGUAUCGCUACUUCAGCGUCCCGUUGUCCUGGAGAACUUCGUCAAAUCUUGAAAUAUAUUCGAGCAGUAGCUGAUGACCGAUAUGGUGAUUUUCUACGCACUGUCUCUUACACCAGUGUCUCCGGCUUCUUGUUCCUACGAUUUCUCUGUCCAGCUCUACUCAAUCCAAAGCUCUUCGGUCUAUUACCAGACCACCCACAACCCAAAGCCCAACGUACCCUCACCCUGAUCGCAAAGAGUCUUCAAGCCCUCGCCAACCUCACUACGUUCGGCUCCAAGGAACAAUGGAUGGAGCCCAUGAACCGCUUCCUCUCAUCUCGCCGCCAGAGCUGCAAAGACUUCAUCGACUCCAUCUGCUCCAUCCCCUCAGAACGAAACACCUUCGCCCUGCCAGCCUCCUACUCGACCCCCAUCACAAUCCUCGCCCGCCUCCCGCAAACAUCCCGCGAAGGCUUCCCCUCCCUUCCCUACCUUAUCGACCAUGCGCGUAACUUCGCCGCACUGGUCAAGCUGUGGCUCAAUCACACACAGCGCUACAUCGUGCCGUACAACCUGGAAGGCGAUCUCGCAGAAUUCAAUAAUCUCUGUCUAGACCUCCAGCGCCGCACCGAUGAAUGUCUCUCUAAAGCCCAGGGGGAUCGAACAGCAGAUCGGCUGAGUCUGCAAUGGGAAGAUAUUGUGGAGGGGUUGGAAAAUAGUUCUUUCCCGGAUGACCUGGACAUGCCUCCACCGUCCCAGUCACGCAAUAACAGCGUUACCAACAUAAUGGCGGAUGACCCAUUCCUGCCCCCCUCACAUUCCCACAGCAACAGCAUAAACUUCCACUCCAACGCCACCCCGGGCCUCGAGCCACCUUUCGCUCCCUCCACCGUCACACACACCAAAGCCCCAAGCUCCGCCGGUAGCGAACCGCGCGACCGCGAGAAAAGAGAGAGGCAGAGUUUCUGGGAAUCAGCGUUCAGACCGAGCGGCAAAGGUGGUGCAGGUGGAGGCGCAGGCGGAGGUGGAGGUGGAGGUGGAUAUGAUGUGUCUGAGUUGAUCGAAGCUAGUCCGCCCAGUAGGGGACAGAGUCGCAAUGGGAAGCAGAAUAGGAGUUUCCUGAGUGGCUUAAGGCGCAAGGGGAAGGGCGAGAGUGCGAAUACGAGUGCGGUGGGCAGUUUGGAGGAUGAGAGGGAAAAGGGGGAAAGUGGUAGUAAGGUUACUGCUGCGAAUAUUGGGAGUGCAGGCGGUGUGAAUUUUUGA